AUGACCGGUGCUGGCGGCCUGAAAAGGUUUGUGAUGGCUCCCGAGGAUGAAUCAGGCCAGCAGCGCGGCCAGUGGCCAGCUACCAGUGUGGGCACAUUCAAUAAAGUGGAGGGCAGCCAGCGAGACUACUCAGGGUGUGACCGUGCGCGCAGCCUCUGGGGCCGGCCCGAGAACCGGAGGUGGCCCUCGGGCUGCAGAGGGCGCCCGCCGGUGGGGACGGUGUGCCCCCAUGCCCACCCUGCCCGGGCCCUGGGGGGCGGCCUCAGCACUGCCCUCUCUCCGCAGCCCGCCCCCUCCCACAGGGCCUCCGACAGGCGGGCCGCCAAGAAGUUCAAGUGCGACCAAAGCCACCUCCCCAGACGGGGGUUACCGGAGCUGGUGCCUGAGAGCGCGCUGCCCGAAGUGACCCCAGAAACCCCUUGUAAAAGUGAGCCCCUGGAGCUUGCAGGAGAUGGGGCGCUGCCCCCCCAAAAUGGAGCCGACCCCUCUGCACAGCAAGAAGCCAGCGGCCUUCCCCUUGGCCACAGCCACGCGGGCAGCGAGGCAGGCGCCGCCCAGACUGAGGACAGCCCGGCCCUGCCCGUGCCCGGCGCUGCCUCGGGAGAGGACGAGAGCUGCUGCCCCGCAGGGGACGAGCCUGUGCCCGAGGCCCCGGCCCGCGUGUCCCCGCUCCAGAUGGACGGCAGCGUCUUCCUGGACGACGACAGCAACCAGCCCAUGCCCGUGAGCCGCUUCUUUGGGAACGUGGAGCUCAUGCAGGACUGGCCGCCGGCCUCCUCUUCGUGCCCCUCGAUGAGCCGGCGCGAGUUCCGGAAAAUGCACUUCAGAGCCAAGGACGACGAGGAGGACGAGGACGGGGCCGAGGUGUGAGGCGCCACGGCGGGCGGGCGGCAGGACGGCUCCGCCCCAGACAGCCCACCCCUGCCCGGUCCGACUGGCCGCCGGUGCUGCCGCCCGCCAGAACCAGGAGGCCAGGCCCGGGCCGGGGAGCGGGAGCCCCCGGGCCGCGGACACGGUCGUCUCCGCCACCAGGUGGCCGUCCUCGGGACCGAGUCGGCGCCCGUUCGGGGAGAACUCUGUUUCUGCACGUGAAGCCAGCGUUCACCUUGGAAAUUUUGCAAACUACAGCACAGAAAGAAAUAAAGUAUAU